AGUGGGUAUUUAUUCUUCUGCAUAUUCAUUAUGUGGUACAUUUCUUUCCUUUUUCUGGGUUUGUUUUCACAGCAGAUACCAAGUCUAAUAUUUGACAAGUCAUAUCUGAAAGAAGCCCUAGCUGUUUAUAAUUAUGAACCAAAAGGAAGCUCUGAUGUUCGGCUUGUCAGAAACCACAAAUAUUAUAUUCUGAGAGAUGAGGAUCCUGACUGGUGGCAUGUAAGAGAUCUGGAUGGUAAUGAAGGCUUUGCUCCACAUACCUAUCUGAAGGUGAUAUCGCAGACCACUGAUGAAUUAAGAGGAACCACUGAGGCAGCUGAAAUGGUAUCAGUCAAAGAGGAAGACAACUUUGAUAAAUAUGAUUGGUAUGUUGGUCGUCUUUCAAGGGCCCAGACAGAACAACUUCUGCAAGAGAAGGGAAAAGACGGUGCUUUUAUGGUUCGUGAUUCCAGUCAUGUGGGGAAGUACACAGUAUCAGUACUUAGUAUGAACAACAGAGAUAAAAAAGGAAUCGUGAAACACUAUCAUGUUCAUGUAAACAGCGCAAAUCAGUUUUACCUGGCUGAGAAUUACUGUUUCAAUUCACUUCCCAAGCUUAUUCAUUAUCACCAACAUAAUUCAGCAGGUAUGGUUACAAGACUUCGACAUGCUGUCUCUACAAAGACAGACAAAAUCCCAUCUACAGCACCUUUGGAAAAUGGACACUGGGAACUCAAGCGUGAAGAUAUUGUGCUACAGAGAGAAAUAGGAUGUGGUCAGUUUGGAGUGGUACAGGUUGGAAAAUGGAAGGGAAAAUAUGAUGUUGCUAUUAAAAUGAUCAAGGAAGGAUCUAUGUCUGAAGAUGAAUUCAUAGAAGAAGCGCAAACCAUGAUGAAGCUGGACCAUCCCAGACUUGUUAAAUUAUACGGGGUGUGUACCAAGACAUAUCCCAUCUAUAUUGUGGCUGAAUAUAUGGCUAAUGGCUGCUUGCUUAGUUAUUUGAAAAACCAUGGAAAGGAACUUCAUCCCUUUCAGCUAGUAGAGAUGUGUUACCAUGUUUGUGAUGCAAUGGCUUUCCUUGAGAGUCAUCAGUUUAUACACCGAGAUUUGGCUGCUAGGAAUUGCUUGGUUGAUUCUGACAUGACAGUGAAGGUGUCUGACUUUGGAAUGACAAGAUAUGUCCUGGAUGACCAGUAUAUCAGCUCCUUGGGAACUAAAUUUCCUAUCAAAUGGUCAGCACCAGAAGUGUUUCAUUACACUAAGUUCAGCAGCAAGUCUGAUGUGUGGGCCUUUGGAAUUUUAAUGUGGGAGGUGUUCACUUUGGGCAAGCUGCCCUAUGACCGGUAUGAUAACAUGCAAGUGAUUGAAAAGGUGUGCCAUGGUUAUCGGCUUUAUCGUCCACAAUUGGCUUCUGAGGCCAUCUAUGAAAUCAUGUACAGCUGCUGGCAUGAGUUGCCUGAAAAACGCCCUAAUUUCCGUGAGCUGCUUUCUCUCCUGGAGCCAAAAAGGGAAGCUGGCAAGCCCUAAAGAAUACUCUUUUGUAGGUGGUGCCUACCUCAUUUUCCUUUUUCCUUCCUUGCUCUUUUGAUGUUACCUCUAAGUUCUACUUCGGAAGCAUUUGUCAAAUUACAUAUUUUAUAUUUAAAGUGGUGAACAGAGAAGAUCAAAAAGUGAUUAUAAGGCUUAAAUGAGGGAGAACACAAUUGACAAAGUAUGCACAUGUUGUAAGUUGCUAGUGAGUUCAAGUUAAACUGACCAUGUGCAAAACCUUCUGAGCUACUAAUUAUUGACAUGUAAUGCAGAUGUGGAAACACCUAAUAUAAUGGGAAAAUAUAAAAAGAAUAAGUGUGGCAUACAGAAUUGGGAAACAGCACUUGCUUCUUAUGGACGGGUUUUUUGUAUUUCAUAGCCCACUCAAUUGCUGGUAUUGUAUGUUUUUGAAAGAAUUAUGUACAAUUUUAUAUAAAGGGUGCAUCUACAGUGAAUGCAGUUUAACUGCCAUGGCCCAAUGCUGUGUAAUAUUAGGAGUAGUAGUGUGAUGAGUCACUGGCACUCUUUGACAGAAAAGACUAAAGUUCUUGUAAAAGCAAUUCCCAUGACUAUCUGGUGACAAACUACAUUCACCUUCUAGUGUAGUGAAACCCCUAUCUAGAUCAGUGGUUCUCAGCUUGUGGAUAUUUUGCCCUCUUCAUGAACCUUAAAAAGUAAAUAAAAAGAAUCUCCUUCAGUGACUAAAUAUUUAAUAAAAGAAAUGAGA